UCGAUAAAGCAAAAUUAUGCGAAAUUUUGAAUAAUUGAAACUAUUUAAAAAAUAAAUAGUAACUCUUAUGUGUGUUAAAACAUACAUACGAUAUUAAAUAUAACAAUUGUGCCUAAGUUUCAUUGAGAAAUUGGAGUUAUAUUAACGUUUUGUCCGACUGUAGUGCGUAUACAUUUAACUUUUACUUUAAAUGGGUUGGUUUGUGGUAAAUCUCCAGGAUGGACAUGUCGCCAGAUGAGGAACACUUCCAGGGACGGCUUCUGCACCAGGCGGCGUUAUGGGACAACCUAGAGCUACUCCAAGAGCUGAUAGCUGGUGGGGCGGAGGUGAACGCGAAAGAUGCGCAUAUGCGAAGCGCAUUGCAUGCAGCGGCUCUUGCUGAAAGGAGCCACUGCCUCCCUGCUCUAUGCGUCGCCGGAGCUGAUGUUGACGCUCGUUCGGAUCAGGAGACUGGUGGCAAGACAGCGCUACACAUCGCUGCGGAGCGGGGUCACGUGGAGAACAUAAAGGAGUUGCUCAGCGCCGGAGCCGACCUUGCAGCGCUGACGGGCAGCGGUGAUACAGCGCUGGCGCUUGCUGAGAGGGGCAGGCAUCGGCACGCGGCUUUGGCUCUCAGGGAAGCCAAGGAUGCGCUGGACAGGGAGCGGGUUUCCCAACACUCCCAGCUGCGGGAACUCGUGGCGAGGGGUGACGCGAGCGGACUCAAAGCACGGCUGGAGAGUCUGGGCUCAGCUGCCGGGAUAGUUGCCAACCUAACUCCCGGUGGCGCCAAUACUUUGUUAUACGUCGCGUCAGAGUUGGGCGCUAAGACAGCCGCCGCGACCUUGGUUGAGGCGGGUGCGGACGGGCGCGCUCACCCCGUGACGCGAUACGGGCCACUAUACAUAGCCUGCUACCACGGCCACUUGGAUAUCGCACAACUGCUACUGACCCACUUCCCGGAAUCCGUGCAGCAAGAGACAGUUGAGAAGUGGCUUCCGCUCCACGCGGCGUGCAUCGGGGGCCAUCCAGCGUUGGUUACCCUCCUCCUAGACUACCCCUACCCGGAACACCUCCUCAGUGUCUACACGGAUGUAACUGGGAAAUGGCAGUAUCGCUUCGCGUUCGACGUGAACGCACGCGACGCGAGCGGGCAGACCGCUCUCUACGUCGCGUGCACGCUGGGUAACGCCGCGGUCGUUGACGCUAUACUCUCACACACCGUGCCGGUUUAUCAGACGGAGAAUGAUGAUCAGACAGUCCCCCCGCCGCCUCAGGUGGUGAGUCCCCAAAGGGCUGGCAUCUCUCUCGGGAUUCACGCGAUCGUCAGCAAACUUACGGGCGCCAAACCUAGCAUACCGGAGCCGGCGGUGCACCGGGUGCGUGCUGUACGCAUAGAGGCCGCGCGCGGUGCGGACACGUGCGUAGCGGUCGCGGCCCGCCUCAACCACGUGCGAGUCUUGAAGAAGCUACUAGAAGCCGGCGCCAGACCCGACGCGUCCGCCGCGCCGCCACACCUGGAGACGGGCGGUUGGGAAGCCAGCCGCGAGCUGCGGCGCCGAUCCCGCAGUGCGUCUGUGACCCGAAACCGCGUGGCCGGCUCGCCCUCCCCGGCCAGGUCCGUCUACAGCGACGAUCGGGAAGGACCAUGGACUGCCCUGGCGAUAGCCGCGAGAGCCAAGAACGUACAAGUGGUGGAAAUCCUACUGGCAGCCGGGGCGAGUGACCCCGGGGGCAGAGCCCUAAGAGAAUGCGCCCGUCACGGCCUCGCCGAGCUGAUGGCAGCUUUGCUUGCCACUAAGGCUUAUCCAGAUCCGGACUACAAGAUCAACAAGUCCGUGGUGUCGGCGGCCGUUUUGAGUGCGCGCGACGCCGACCCCUCGCUGUCGUACAGCGCGCGCUGUCCCACCACCGCCGUCAUGGUCAACUGGCGCGAGCUGCGCUGCCAGCUCACGCAUAUCAAAAUGAGCUGGAUCCGCGGCGCGGCGUUGCGCGUCAACCCGCGCGUGACGGCCGCGUCGAGUGCUGCGCUCGCGUUGACGCGACUCGAGCUGGCCAACAAUGAACUGCGGGUUUUGCCCAGGGAGCUGUUCUCCAUGCUUAGCCUGAGAUAUCUUAACGCGGCGCAAAACAAGCUGGAACGACUGCCGACAGCAGAGGAUCCUUUCGAAGAGGAAGUGGAGAACAGAAGGAGUAAGAGCAAGAAACACUCCAAAAAGAAGACUGACGUUUACACCGCACCGGUAUUACAAGAAGUUUACUUACAGGAUAAUCGUCUGGAAGAACUGCCACCGGAGUUAUUCUCUCUGCCGUCUCUAACAAGCUUGGACGUGUCGAACAACAAGCUUCGUACUCUACCGCAUCAGAUGUGGCGAGCGCCUGCUCUCAGGGACUUGAACGCUGCGCUGAACCAUCUGAGGGAGUUGCCCACUGGUGACGAGGGUAUGACGGAGAGUCAGCUGGCUUCAUCACCGUCAGAAUCAUCACCGAACGCAUCACCGUCUAUCACCUCUCCACCCUUCUCAUUCGAUCAAUCCAAGUCGUCCUCGCGAAGUCCAUCUAUCGAAGUGAGCGAGUCAUCCCCGGAAGACGGCGAAGAUGUUCCCACACUAGCCAACAGGGCGGGAAACGCUGUAUGGUCAGACGCACGGCGAGCGCACGCUUGGCGUGGUGCCCGCGCGCCUUCCCCGGUUGGCGUGGCGGGCGCUGGCACCACCGGCGGCAGUUGCCUGACGUCGCUCAACCUCGCCCACAAUCAAUUUUCGUGCGUGCCCGCUCCUUUAGCGUGUCGGGCACCAGCUCUAACGCGACUCAACAUGGCGUAUAACAGUCUCAGAUCGAUGUCGUUUGUGACGUCAUACCCCACCAGUCUCCGCCAGCUGGAUCUGAGUCACAACGAAAUCACCUGCUGGCCCAGUCUGCCCCAGGUAGAGAACUUCGGUUCAACGGAAGGUGACCCGCUCGCGUGCUACUGCCCUAACAAAUGCGCUCGCGGCCGACCGCGUUCUAGCGGGUCGGUGCGUUCGCAACUUCUUAGCGCGGCCUGUCCUGCCAGAAGACAUCUGCGGUUAGAAGGCUUACGCACUUUGAUACUAGCAAACAAUAUGCUGUCUCGCAUACAGCUCACCACGGACGAUGACGGCCUCAUGCCGGCCAGCGAGCCAAGCAACGAUGAAAACGACGACGAAUGGAGCAGUCGGGGCUCGCUCAAGGCUCGGUUGCUGUUCCCGCUGUUGUCGAUGCUGGACGUGUCAAGCAACCUGCUGAGGGCCGUCCCUCCCGCACUCCACCUGCUGGCCAACCUGUCCGUGCUGAACCUCAGCGGCAACAGGGACAUAACCGACCUCCCCCCACAAAUGGGUCUGCUAACUCGCCUAUGGAAUCUCAACACGGUUGGGUGUUCCCUCCAGGAGCCGUUACGGUCAGUCGUGCGUGGUGGGCGAUGCCGCAGUGUUGACGUGGUGGGCUACCUCCGCUCCGUGCUCCAGGAGGCUAAGCCGUACGCCAGGAUGAAGCUCAUGGUUGUUGGAGUACAGGGUAUCGGUAAAACUAGUCUGCUCGAGUGCCUGAGACAAGAGUCGGCCAUACAACACCGGAGGAAACCGACUGAGCAUUGGGCUAAGCGUAUGGGAAACAAGUCCUCGCGUCGCGGAGUCUCAACGGUGGGCGUGGACAUCGGCGCGUGGGUGUACGAGCCGCAACGCUCCGCUCGCGGUCCUGUCACGUUCCGGACGUGGGACUUCGGCGGACAACAGGAGUACUACGCGACGCACCAAUACUUCCUGUCGAAGCGGUCUCUGUACCUGGUGGUAUGGAAAGUUCCAGAUGGCAGGAAGGGCCUUGCGAGCGCCUUGCAAUGGCUAAGGUCGAUACAAGCGCGCGCCCCGGGCUCACCCGUCAUCAUGGUGGCAACGCAUUACGAUCAGGUCGCCAACAGCACGGUAUGCUCAAGCGAGAGUCCGGUAGCAUUGCAAAGGCUUAUCCGGGGGGCAGUGAUGGCCGCUCCAGACGCAGACAAACUUGGUCUCCCGCGAGUUUUGGACUCCAUUGAGGUUUCGUGCAGCACUCGACACAACAUCAAACUCCUCGCCGACAUCAUAUAUUCCGUCGCCUUCAGCGUUAAGCCACCAGGUAGCAAAGAGCCCCUUUUAGAGCAACGGGUUCCGGCAACGUACCUCGCGCUGGAGGAAUGCGUGCACGGCCUCGCAGCAGAACUCAAAGAGCCAGUACUGCGACACGACCAAUACAGACGACUGGUGACCCAGUACAUGCAGCAGAGGAAUCUGCGCAUGUUUCGCGACGCCGCGGAACUGCACCAGGCGUCCAUGUUCUUGCAUGAAAACGGCGUUCUCCUGCAUUACGACGACGCGACCCUCAAGGAGCUGUACUUCCUGCGGCCGCAGUGGCUCUGCGACGUGUUGGCGCACGUCGUCACCGUCAGAGAAAUCAACCCCUUCGCCAACAACGGUAUCAUGAAGGUGGACGACUUGGCGCACGUUUUCAAGGCGUCACCCGUACUGGGUGGCGGCGAGGAAGCCCGCUCGCUGGGGGUGUCGCUACUCAACAAGUUCGAGCUUGCGCUGUGCUGGGACGCGCGCUCCCUACUAGUUCCACCGCUAUUGCCGGAUGCGGAGCCCACGCGGCCCCAGUUGGCGUUGAAAUCCCGCGCCUGGCCGGGAACUCCCCGUCGAACCGCCCCCGGCACUUUCUCCACUCUACCUGAAUCCGGCCGGGGUACAGACUCACCCCUACUUAUUCAAGAGAGUUCCGGUGCAAUAGCAAUAUCCUCGCGCGCUAGUGGCCGCAGCAUCCGCCGUCUUCUGUUGCUAUCGUACGUGCCGCGCGGCUUCUGGGCUAGGCUCUGUGCGAGGGUUCUAGCCGACCCGGCCCUAGCACAGCACUGCCCUACCUUAUAUACCGCGCCGAGAGAGAUGGAGAUAGAUGAUAACGUAGUAAAGGCACUGGACCUGAACUGGUGCUGGAAGCUGUGGAAGACGGGGCUGAAACUAGUGUGCGGCUCGCUGACUCUGCUCGCGUUGCGCGAACUUCCGCCGCGCUACGACCCACUGUUGGGCGCAGUGGGUGACGAAGACGAACCCGACGAACUUUACCACUGUAUACGUUUCCGAGUUCGCCAGGAAGGCGUGUGGUCUGACCUUGACGUGCAAUCGUCCGCGUGCGUCGAGAUACUGCUCCCGGCGGAAGUGUGCAUCGUGAGGAGAGAGGACGGGCUUCCCAUUGGCGGGUGUCAGAGUAUAAGCCUGGAGCCCAAUCCCGAGGUGUUGACAAAAGUUCUUGCGCUGAUCUCAGACCACGUGGACCUGCUUCUCGAAGAUUGGUACCCAUCCCUUGGUACCCGAUUCGUCCACACCUCGGAGGGUAGGUGCCUUAUCACAAGAGUGGCGCCUUGCCCCGCGUGUCUGAGAGACUUCCAGUCCAACGUUGACCACAACGACCAUGGUGACCACGGACACCACCAUCAGAGCGAUCACGACAAGCAAUUGUCGCAGGUGUUCAGGCGUUUAGAGCUCGGGAACGCAGAGCCGAGACGUCUGCGUCUGUCCGAAGAGUCCAGAGCGUCCGACGGUGAUAGCGGUGUCGGUGCAGAAUCGAAUACGUCGUCCCGCGUGGGCUCUACGGAGGGCGUGUGUGGGGCCAACUGCUUCGUGGCAACGUGCUGGACGUUGGAGGAGUGCGUGCUGGCCGCUUGCACCAGCGCACAGCUCCGCUGCCCGCACCACGCGGACGUGCAGUUGGCGGACGUUGCGCCGGACACGUUGCUCUUGGACGUGGAAGAACACAAGCGCGCCCGCUGGGAGCACGUGUUCUGCGGCGCGGUCGCCGGGCGCGGCGCCUUCGGUACGGUACUGACCGGCUCGUGGCGGCGCCCGGGGGCGAAGGCCGAGCCCGUGGCCGUGAAAGCACUACAGCCCGUUGCGCCACCCUCCGCGCAAGACAUCACCGCAAUGCAGGCUUAUAAGGCGGCAGUGUCACGCUGGGAGAGGGACUCGUGGGGUGCCGCGUGCCGCGCGUACUGCGGCUUGCGCCAGGAGUUGGGAAUACUUUCCCGCCUGCGCCACCCGCACGUGCUGCCGUUGGUGGCGGUGUGUGCCGCUCCGCUGGCGCUGCUGCUGGCCGUGGCUCCGCAGGGGUCGUUGGAGAGUGGUCUGCGGCGUUACCGCGGCUGUGGCGCCCGCGUUGGACCGCGCACGGCCCGGGCGUUGGCGCUGCAAGUGGCGAGGGCGUUGGAGUACCUGCACGCACACCGCGUGCUGUACAGAGACCUCAAGUCUGAGAACGUGCUGGUGUGGUCACUUCCGGCGCCUCAAGACGCGGAGGCUGUUGAGUUCAGCACGGAUCCAGUCGACGUUCACGUCAAACUCGGCGAUUAUGGUAUAUCCCGCCUAGCUCCCCCCUCAGGCACUAAAGGUUUCGGUGGUACAGAAGGAUUCAUGGCGCCAGAAAUAAUGAGGUACAAUGGCGAAGAAGAAUACACGGAGAAGGUGGAUUGCUUCUCCUACGGAAUGCUCUUAUACGAAAUCUUUACGCUACGUCAGCCAUUCGAGGGCCAUGAGGCCGUCAAGGAGGCUGUUCUGGAGGGAGCGAGGCCUCCCUUGUCGCCCAGAGAUCUCCAGUACCCGUGUAGUAUGCUGGAGACAAUGCGACGGUGCUGGAGCGGUGCGCCGGAAUGGAGGCCGUCGGCCGCGGCGCUGGUGGCGGUGUGUGCGGCGCCCGAGUUCUUAUCGCUCCGGGACGCCGCCGCCGCGCGCCCUUCGCAGGCUGCCGCAGGGUCGCCCCUAAGACGCCUAGCAGACGAGGGUGCGGACGGGUGGGAGAUCUGGUACGGCGGUGCGGAGCCCGAGCGAGCUCACACGCUGGUCACCACCCCCACCACUUUCACCCACCACCACACGCUCAGAGUGCCGCCGGACAACUCAGAGCCGGUGAUCGUGACAGCGAUGUGCCGAGUCGGCACCAACAUGUGGCUCGCGGAUUCCGUCGGCCGUCUCUUUGUCUACACGAUUGCCACGUGCGCGCUGUCGUGGAGCGUGCGUUUGCACGAGGCGGUCGGCGGUACGCCCAGUGCGGUCGCGGCCUUACACCACCUGGCGCCGCUACCGCGCCUUGCCAUCGCCUUAGCUUGCGGAAGGUUAUUUAUAGUGACGUCGGAGAAGCCUGCUGCUGAAGGUACAUUUGUUCUCACCGAGCUCGGUACGGCCACGGAGCUGUGCUGCCUAGCCGCCGUCGAUACAAACAACGGUAUCGAGGUGUGGGCGGGUGGAGACAGACUUUACACGUACACGGUCGCGGAGGAGGGCGUCAGUGCGGCGGAGUCACUCCCAACGCCCGCACCUGGCAAACUUGCUUUAUUGGCAGCUGCCACCAACGUGCCAGUUGUGCUGGGAAGCUGCUCUCCUGGAGUGUUCGUGUACGCGUGGUGCGCACAGACCCGGCGAGCGACUGCCCGGUUGGACUGCAGCAAACUUGCUCCGUGCUCAGAGAGUUUGCAGUCCAUCGCGUUGGACGAGAAACUCAACGAGGAACGAUGCCGGGUGACGGCGCUAUGCACGCUGGGCGAGGAAGUCUACGUCGGUACAGCUUGGGGCUGUAUAGUGGUCGCGCACGCAGCCUCUCUACGACCUCUCACCGUGUUCCGUCCAUAUGAAGAGGAGGUGCGUGCAAUAAUCCCGCUCUUACCUCACGGCAGUGUGCGCGGCGCAUUGCUCGCAACGUUCGGCGCCGGAUACCGGCCGCUGGUGCAACGGUACGCGCCCGCUCAGUCAAACAACUCUACGACGCACACUGGCUUCUACUGCCUGCUGUGGAGGGCGCAGCACUGGCUGCCAGACUAGCGGAGACAUUCCCGUAUUAAAGUGUAGCGAUUUUGAGCGAAAUUGCGCUUCGGCGAUCCAGCGCCAAGAAGCGCGGACGCACGCGGCUUUGAGAAACUUAUUAUUGCGUUGUGUUUGUCACAUUGUCGCUAUAAAGGUUUUGUUUUUGGUAGAGGUGGAAUUUCUUUAAAAGGACAUAGUUGAUUUGGGGGCGUAAAUGAAAUAGAUUAGCUGGUUUUGUGGGAGAAGUGACUUUAAAACAAUGACUUCGUAAUCUCCAUUGUGGAGGAUUGGUAUACGCCAUGAUAACGUCUCAUUAUGUUCUCUUUAAAUAACACACUUUUCGGGCAAAAUCCCUUUGAAAGAAAAUCAUAGACUAUAUAGAAGAGUGAAAUCUAAGUAUCUUCUAAGGCAUUUCUAACUAUUGGCAGAGCAUUACUUUUAUCAGUCGCUCAGCGUGAUAUGGAAAGAGCUAUGGUUGCUAUUUCUUUGAGGGAUAAGAUCCGUAACG